AAUUGAAGACAUUCUCACACAAAGAUUUUGACACUAGCACGAUAAUUUCCUAAGUAAAUUCACGUUAGUCACGAUCUUGACCCAGAAAGCGUGUCGUACUUCUGCGCAUCACGUUAUGAAGCUCAAAAAGAACGACCAAAAUUCUCUUUUGUAUUUCCCGGGCUUGUUAUUAUAUUGGACGGCCUCUACUUGUUUGAGACGCAGUUGGAGCAUAAGAGGAAAGGACAAAGCCUAUAACAGAGAAACAACCCUGAAAUUUCUCAAUAAACUCAUCACUAAAGUGUUUUUUUUUUCAAUUGCUGGCCUUGGAUGGUUAGAAAACCAGCAAAGCAUGCCUUCAAAUAUGAUUGCACACCUUUUACGUUUUCCCACUUCGUGGCUCUUUGUUAGCCCUUAGUUUUUAAAAGAUCAACUCUCUGCCGCAUCGGUACUUUGUCGUCACUUGUUACCUGACCACUAACCACAGUGUUCCAUCUCUUCACUUUCCCUGAUUUCGACCUAUGUUUCAGUUACAAUUGCAUCUUCAGUGGAUUUUAACAAAAUUACAUUACAAUUGACUUUGACACAAUGCAGAAAGACAUCGAAGAUUUCAAAGUUUUCGUUUCUUCUCAUCGGUGCGUGAGUGAAACAAACAGCGAUCCAAGUGGGGGUGUUUCUCGUGGUCACGCAGUUCUCGUCCGGAAGGCGACGAAAAGCUAUGGCGUUGGAAGAAGUCGAUCUACCAUACUCGAUGGACUUGACAUGACCGUUAAGAAAGGCAGCAUAUACGGAUUGCUUGGAGCCAGCGGAUGCGGGAAGACCACCCUGUUGAGCUGCCUUGUUGGUCGUCGUAGUUUAAACAGUGGAGAGAUCCUGGUCCUUGGUCACGAGCCAGGCACUACGGAAAGCGGAGUGCCCGGUCCGCGAGUUGGUUACAUGCCACAAGAACUGGCUUUGUACGGAGACUUCACCAUCAAAGAGACGCUUCAGUACUUUGGACGGAUUUACAACCUACAGCCGUCGUUUGUCGAUUCACAGUUGGAGUUUCUUUCAAAUCUGCUCGAUCUUCCACCGAGCAUUCGUUACGUUAAGACGCUGAGCGGCGGCCAACAGCGACGAGUCUCGUUCGCAGUGGCUUUGUUCCACGAGCCUGAAUUGCUGAUCCUGGACGAGCCAACUGUUGGAGUCGAUCCUUUACUUAGACGCAGCAUUUGGAAUCAUCUAAUCCGCCAGAGUGUCGAUCACGGAAGGACUGUUAUUGUAACAACCCAUUACAUCGAAGAGGCCCGAGAAGCUCACACGAUUGGAAUGAUGCGGUCUGGUCGAUUACUAGCCGAAGAAUCGCCCAAGAAUCUUUUAAGGGAUUCAAGACGACCUUCGUUAGAAGACGCGUUCUUAAAGCUGUGCAUGGAUGAGAUUAACGACAGCGAUGAGCAAGCGAAUGUCGAUGGUCAGGUAUCAGCAACGGUGCAGCAAAUCCCUGAAGACUGUGGCAACAUAACAAGUGACAACAAUUUCAGUCAAGUCGACAUUCAUGAAUCGGAUGCUGUGCAUGUCCGUCACACGAAUUUGCACGCACCUCUUGCUCUGGCUGAUAUUUCUAAUGCUCUGUCACAUCUUGUGAUUCCAAAUAAGGCAGCGAAGAUGAAACGUAAAAAUCAUACAACAAACGUAGCCUUACCGUCUCUGCAACGACUUGGCGCACUCAUACGCAAAAAUUACUUGAUGACUUUUCGCAAUAUCGGGAUAUUUGUCUUCAUUUACCUGAUCCCUGCUUUCCAAGCAAUCGUUUUCAAUGUGACACUAGGGCAUGAACCGACUGGCCUUAAAAUUGCUAUUGUCAAUGAUGAACUGAGCUCAGGUGACACCUGUAAUUAUACGACAGCGUGUUCGUACUCGAUGCUCAGCUGUCGAUAUCUUCGGUACAUUAAAAGCAAUAUCAUACAGAUGCCGUACGGAAGUAUAUCGGAUGCGUUGGAAGCAGGUAAAAAUGGACAAGUGUGGGGCGUGAUCCACUUUGGACAUAAUUUCACGCAGGAGUUUGAAAUCCGGCAAUCGGUCGGUGAUUCAGCAAGCUUAGAAAACAUCAUCCGCAGUAGAAUCAGCGUAAACAUGGAUUCUUCUAACCAACAGAUUGACAUUUUUAUUGAAAAAUGGCUUUUGGAAGCGUUUGGAGAUUUCUUCAAAGACUUCAUGAAAGCGUGCCAAUACGAACCGGAAGCGGGUUACAUCCCCGUUGUGUUCCUCGAUCCGGUUUAUGGUGAGAAAGACACUCCAUUCACUGAAUUUAUGGCUCCUGGUCUUAUUAUCUCGAUCGUAUAUUUUAUGGCCGUUUCGCUGACCGCUGGCGUUUUUGUUUCUGAAAGAAAACAAGGUCUUCUCGAUCGUUGUUUAGUGGCUGGUGUGACGAUGACAGAAAUUUUGAUUGGACAACUAGUUAACCAAUUCUCGAUAUUAAUCGGUCAAACUACCCUGGUCUUCCUGUGCAUGUUGCUCGCGUUCAACAUUCCCUGUCACGGCAAUUUGGCCCUGGCCGUAUUCAUUACUUUUCUUCAGGGCUUUGUGGGAAUGUGUUUCGGCCUGCUUAUAGCCACUCUGUGCGAUAAUGAAAACAGUGCGCUGUUACUAUCGCAAGCCAGUUUUCUACCGUUCACAGUUAUCAGUGGGGUUUGCUGGCCAAUCGAAGGUAUGCCACCUUACCUUCGAAAUAUCGCUUACUCGAUGCCACUGACGUACGCCAUCGAAUCUUUGAGAUGUGUUUUCGCCCGCGGAUGGGGCAUCGAUCGACGCGAUGUCUACGUGGGAAUCCUCAUUAGUAUGGCCUGGAUCCUGGGUUUGUUAAUUUUAUGCCUCGUUGUUAUACGUGUCCGUAAGUACGCCAGGUAAACGUAAAUCGUGAGGUUGGAUUUUUGGUUUCCGUUGUGGACGAGCACAUGGAAGGUUGAGCAUAGGUUGCCGUUCAUCAAGGGUCAUGUGAUUGGGUGGCUGGAAUUGCAGCUGCAUAUUGGAGUACUUAUUUAAG